CGUUGUAGCGCCGUGUAACGGCGUGCUCAACCCCCGCGGUUGCUACCGUCACCGGGGAGGUGAGGAAGGAGCCUCCUUUCGUUCUUCUCUUCAUCUUUUCCCCUCUCUUUUUUCCCUACGUCGAUUUCCUCAUCGUCCGCGCCGUGUGUCUGUGAACCGACCGCCAUCGCCUCCUCUUCUGCCGCCUCGCCUCCGCCGUCGUCACCGCCGCCACCACCGCCACCACCGCCGUCACGAAGAUCGUAGUAGCGUCGCGUACCUCGAGUAGCCGAGUUCAGUCGAGCGUCCAGUAUUCCCGAACCCGCGAAUGCGGAGUACGAAUACCUGGACGUACCUCGCCGGCCGCCUAUCGUCACGAUGCUACUACUCGCGGUGAUCGGGCUCCUCGUCCUCGCCGGCACGACCACCGCCGAGGUCUUUACCAACACGUUCCUGGUGAGGAUGCGGCAGCCAGCGGAGCGGCACAUAGCCGAUCGCGUGGCGCUGAGGAACGGCUUCAUCAAUCUCGGACCGGUAUUGGACAGCCGGACGGAGUAUCAUUUCGUACAUAGAGCUUUGCCGCAUGUACGAAGCAAACGGUCUGUGCCGCACACGCGAAAAUUAAAGGUCGACCCUCUGGUGGCCACGGCAAUACAGCAGGCUGGUUUCAAGAGAGUGAAAAGGGGCUACAAGCCCCUAAGCGUGGACAACCUUGUGCCGUUAUAUGAAAUUAAGAAUCCCGCAAAUCCGGCGAGCAAGGAUCCGACGGAUCCCUUCUUCAAGUAUCAGUGGUAUCUGAAGAACGUCGGGCAGAACGGCGGUAAACCGAAGCUGGAUCUGAACGUCGAGGCUGCCUGGGCUCAGGGCGUAACGGGGAAGAACGUGACGACAGCUAUAAUGGACGACGGUGUUGACUACAUGCAUCCGGAUCUUAAAUAUAAUUACAAUGCCAAAGCUUCUUACGACUUCAGCAGUAACGACCCUUAUCCUUACCCGAGGUACACCGACGACUGGUUUAACAGCCACGGCACGAGGUGUGCCGGGGAGGUCGCGGCCGCGCGCGACAACGGGGUGUGCGGCGUCGGGGUGGCGUACGAUUCGAAGAUCGCCGGGAUACGGAUGCUGGACCAGCCGUACAUGACCGAUCUGAUUGAGGCGAACAGUAUGGGCCAUGAGCCCGAUCUCAUAGACAUCUAUAGCGCCUCCUGGGGACCCACGGACGACGGAAAGACGGUGGAUGGGCCGCGUAACGCGACCAUGAGGGCCAUCGUUCGUGGCGUUAAUGAGGGCAGAAACGGAUUGGGCAAUAUCUACGUCUGGGCGUCCGGGGACGGUGGAGAGGAGGACGACUGUAACUGUGACGGAUACGCCGCGAGUAUGUGGACCAUCAGUAUCAACAGUGCCAUCAACGACGGCCAAAACGCCCAUUACGACGAGAGCUGCUCCAGCACCCUGGCUUCCACAUUUAGCAACGGUGCCAAGGACCCUAACACGGGGGUGGCUACCACAGAUCUGUAUGGAAAAUGCACGACAACUCACAGCGGGACGUCCGCCGCAGCACCGGAAGCCGCGGGAGUGUUCGCGCUUGCUCUUGAAGCCAACCCGCAACUGACCUGGAGAGACAUUCAGCACUUGACCGUCCUAACUUCAAAAAGAAAUUCUCUGUUCGACGCGAAGGACAGAUUUCAUUGGACCAUGAACGGCGUUGGGCUCGAGUUCAAUCAUCUUUUCGGAUACGGCGUCUUGGAUGCGGGCGCUAUGGUAGCCCUAGCUAAAAAUUGGAAGACGGUACCGCCGAGAUAUCACUGCGAAGCUGGUUCCACAUUCGAAACGCAGAAAGUCACGAGCGAUCGAUCUAUUCUCGUGAAGAUUAAAACCGACGCGUGCGCUGGCACGGAGUACGCCGUUAAUUAUUUAGAGCACGUGCAAGCCGUCAUUUCCGUAAAUGCAACUCGGCGCGGCGAUCUCGAGCUCUUCCUCACGUCCCCGAUGGGUACCAGAUCUAUGAUCUUAAGCCGCAGAGUAAACGAUGACGAUCACAGAGAUGGAUUCACGAAGUGGCCAUUCAUGACGACGCACACAUGGGGAGAGUAUCCCCAGGGAACUUGGUUGCUGGAGGUAAGCUUCAACACUCAGACGCCUCAACACGGAUGGCUGAAAGAAUGGACGCUGAUGCUUCACGGUACCAGAGAACCACCAUACACGGGACUAUCGACGGCGGAUCCUCACUCCAAACUAGCGAUUGUCAAGAAGGCCCACGAGGAGCGAUUCAGCGCGAUCUAACGAUAUCGAUGACCACGGUCCACGCGAUUAUCGCCGAUUUCAGCGAAGAAAAUAGGAAUAAUCCGAUCGGAAGAUGUUUGCGCGAGCGUUCUCUCUCUGCUUUCCUGAUUUCGCGUCGCGCGGCAGGAGUAAUGUACCUCAAUUUAUUUCAGAUUUUGGUUUUGCGCGCCGAUCGCAUCGCCCGUGCCAAUCUAUCGCCAUUUGUUAUUCUCGCGUUUUGGUUUAUAUUCGCAUUCGAAUCAUCGCAGAAAAGUCAAUCCCGGCACUUUUCAUUAUAGCCGUGCGUUUGCCGUAUCUCUAUUAUAAUUAUAGUGUCACCUAUAAUCACAUAUCAUGCCGUUUAUAACAAAGCUUGUAUCGUUAAGAAUUUGUAUCUUUUAUACAAUUUUCAGCACUUUAACUUGUUUUCUAAAGGCCCUAUUAUCGAAAAAGAAAAGUUAAAUCAACAAACUUUAUUAAAGAACAGUUUGUUUGCAUCUCUGAGAAAUUCUGAUAAAAGAAAUAGAUUUCUCAUAAAAUUAUAUGUUUAUUACUUAUAUUGUAUCAUAUUUUUACGCGUCUUUUACGAUCUUUGAAGUUCUUCAUUUUAAUGUAGACAGGUGCGAAAAGCACCCAGCAGAAAGAAUUGAUAAAAAAUUUUAAUUUAUUGUGUCCGGACAGUCAUGGAUAUUAAAAAAUAUGAUCCAGAAUAUUAUAAUCUCUAUUAAAAAUCUAUCCGAUAUUUAUGACUUGUUAUUUUUAAUUAGUAUUUAUUGUUAUUAUUGUUAUUAGCGCUAAGCUUCCGACCGACGCAAUUACCAAGGAGUAUUAUUUUGCUAAAAUUGUGUCCGCGCGUUGACAGCUUUCCGAAAAGUUUUCAAGUCGACGAUCGAAACUUGACGAUAGGGGAACAAGAUGACAAGAAAGGAAAUUUACUAUGUAUUACUCAAAUAGCGGAAUAAAAAUUACUCUUCUGACGGAGCGGUGAACUCGAA